AUUCCAUAUUCGUCUGUAUCUUACCCUACUUUCACUGCUAUUUAUCCUCCCUGCUUCGGCCUGUCUCCCGGUCCUCGGUUUCUGAAGAUGGACAGCAAGGCUCUCUCCGACGCAGUGAAGGAGCUGAAUGAGGCGAACACCGCGGGAAAGACAGAGGAUGUAACGAGGCUGUUGGAGAAGCUCAGAAAGGAUGUCCAGCCCACUGAGGAGUUAUUACGGUCCUCAAAAGCUGGUGUCGCCAUUGGCAAGCUCCGCAAUCACUCCACCCCUGGCGUCUCGACUCUGGCGAAAGAGAUCGUCAAGUUAUGGAAGGACGCUAUUGAAGAAUCCAAACGGAAACGAAAGCGAGAAGAUGGCGAUAAGGACGAUGCCGUGAAACGGGUCAAAGGAGAGGGUUCCUCCGCUGCCGCGUCCCCGGCGGCUGCCUCUCCCUCUGGUGCAUCUCCGGAUCGCAAGCCAAGAACCGAAGCGGUGAAGUCAGAGGUCAAAACCGAAGCGUCUGGCUCCUCUCCCCCUCGUCGUCCGCCUCUAUCUACCAUUGAUUCAUCCCGUAAAGAUCCACGUACAGCCGCCUCGGAUGGAGUGGAGAAGACGCUCAGAGCAGAGGAAGCGGAAGGAGAAGAUGUCAGAGACAAAUGCGUCGUCAUGAUGUAUAACGCACUGGCAGGAGAUAGCACAGCAGACAAAAAGAUCUUGACUGAGCGGGCGAGAGGUAUCGAAAAAGCAGCCUACGACUUGGUACGAAAUACAGGAAACGAAUAUCGUGCCAAGAUGAGAUCACUCUUCCUCAAUCUCAAAGACAAGCAGAAUCCUGCUCUGAGGAAUGAGAUUGUUCUUGGGUACAUUGAGGCUGCCAAGGUGGCAGCUAUGAGCAAAGAGGAAAUGGCGUCCGAAAGCGUUCGAGCUCUGAACGAAAAGCUGGCUAGUGACAAUCUAUUCAAAGCCAAGGCCGUAGGAGAGACUCAGGCUGAGACCGAUGCAUUCAAAUGCAGUCGAUGUCAGCAGAGAAAAUGCACAUAUUAUCAGAUGCAGACGAGGAGUGCCGAUGAGCCGAUGACUACAUUUGUGACGUAUGUUUUCUUCACCCAUGAUUGCUUCGUUUGCUGAUAUGAUCUUCUCGGUUCCCCUCUUCAGCUGCACAAAUUGUGGCAACCGAUGGAAAUUUAGUUGAGACGACGGUACAGUCACAAAGCGAGUCGCUGUUCUUGGAGUUAUCUGGACGGUCUCACAGCAUGAGAUGCAUAUCGUUCCCAAGGCGCUCAGGCGCGGCUGAAUGUCUGCAUCCGAGUCUGGCCGCGG